AUGCACCGGGCUGCUGAGGAGAGGCGGAGGGAAAAGGCCGAGGAGUUAGCAGCCAGGCAAAGAGUUAGAGAAAAGAUCGAGAGGGACAAAGCAGAGAGAGCCAAGAAGUAUGGUGGCAGUGUGGGCUCUCAGCCACCUCCACCGACACCAGAGCCAGGUCCUGUUCCCUCCUCUUCCAGCCAGGAGCCUCCCACCAAGCGAGAGUAUGACCAGUGUCGCAUACGGGUCAGGCUGCCAGAUGGGACCUCACUGACCCAGACGUUCCGGGCCCGGGAGCAGCUGGCAGCCGUGAGGCUCUAUGUGGAGCUCCACCGUGGAGAGGAACCGGGAGGGGGCCAAGACCGUGUGCAAUUGCUCAGUGGCUUCCCCAGAUGGGCCUUCUCAGAAGCUGACAUGGAGCGGUCUUUGCAGGAGCUGGGACUUGUGCCUUCUGCUGUCCUCAUUGUGGCCAAGAAAUGUCCCAGCUGA